AUGUCCAACGUGAAUGCGUUCGGAGGUUCGUGGGCCUCACUCCCAACAACAUUGACACCCUGGAUUUUCGAUGUAAUCCAGUCCUUGGGCCACACUCAAAUGACACCAGUGCAAGCGUCAACUAUCCCUCUGUUCAUGCAAAACAAAGAUGUCGUCGUAGAAGCGGUGACUGGCUCUGGAAAGACCCUUGCAUUUGUAAUUCCCGUUCUUGAACGCCUAAUACGUCGAGAACGAAAGCUGCGGAAACAAGAGAUUGGCGCACUCAUUAUCAGCCCGACGAGAGAGCUCGCGACCCAAAUUCAUUCAAUAUUCUCGUUGUUCAUAUCUGCUCAACCUCAACCGCUAAAUGAAGACGAGGACGAGGAUGAACCUCAAGUGCUGGAAUACCCUGAUCCCUUGCUCCUAAUUUCCUCCGACGCUUCCUCCCCCGCCCAAGAUGUGCAACGUUUUGUUGAGUCUGGUGCCGACAUCGUAAUCGGUACUCCUGGCCGAGUAGAGGAAUUUUUGCUCGGAAAAGGGAACGCUGUGGUUAGCGUGAAAGAAUUGGAAGUACUGGUGCUUGAUGAAGCAGACCGGCUGUUGGAUCUUGGCUUUCAAGCGGCUCUGACGCGGAUUAUCACUCAUCUACCCAAACAACGACGAACUGGGCUCUUCAGUGCAACCAUGACAGAUGCAGACGCGCUGUCCGAGCUUGUUCGCGUUGGAUUAAGAAACCCUUCCCGCAUUGUUGUCAAAGUCCAGUCGAAGAAACUCGGGUCGACAAUAGAAGAGCGAAGGAUACCUGCCGGGCUGAAAAUCCAUUACGUUGUUUGCCGGGCCUCGGAAAAAGUCGUGCAAUUGACGCAAAUCAUCGCAGCAGAGGUUGCUGAACACAAAGCCUCUCGAUUUAUCGUGUACUUCGCUACCGGGGCUUGUGUAGACUAUUUCUACCGGAUUCUACAAAUACUCCUUCCCCAAGGAACUACUUUGUUUUCAUUGCAUGGUCAUCUGCAGCCCGCAGCCCGUACUCGCACUUUAACUUCGUUUUCGGACUCCCCUGCAACCUCAACACACCCAGCGAUACUCCUGGCGACCGAUGUAGCUGCCCGAGGUCUCGAUCUCCCACUACUGGACACAAUCAUACAGUUUGACCCACCAUCUGACCCCAAGGCAUUUUCCCAUCGUUGUGGCAGGACAGCCAGAGCUGGAAGGAGUGGUAGAGCAUGGGUACUGCUCGUUGGACGGGAAACGACUUACGUGGAUUUCUUGGCCAUCCGAAAGAUUCCCAUCACUGAACGACCUUACUUUAUUCAACCCCGCGCUCAACAACUUCCCAGUACCGCGAAUGAGGAUGAUAGUACAUCCCUGCAGUAUGAAGAUGAUCAGGUCGCCGAGUUUUUAUCACAAAUCCGUGCUCUGCUCUUGACAGACCGCGCAAUACACGAUCAGGCUGCCAAAGCUUUUGUCUCGUUUGUUCGUGCCUACUCAAAACAUGAAGCAUCCUAUAUAUUCCGCGUCAAAGACCUCGAUCUCGUUGGCGUAGCUAAAAGUUACGGGCUGCUUCGUCUUCCUAAUAUGCCGGAAAUGCGAGAUUUAUCGCGAGAAGGAUGGGAGGAUGCAUCUCUCGAUUGGAAUGUAUUCUCGUAUGCUGACAAAGCUCAAGAAGCGAAACGCAUAGCCGCAGGAGCAGCAGCUGCCAGCAUUCCCGAGUCUGUCCGUGAAAAAAAGCGAUCUGAGCGUGCGGAGAAGAAAAAAAUCAAUACGGCAUGGAGCGACAAGGUAGUCAAAAAAGAGGAGAGGGACAAGCGACGAGAAAAGAAGGAUAAGAAACGCAAAUGGUUGAAGAUGCAAACUGAGGAAGCAAAAGAGAAAAAUGCUGAGGAUGCUGACACUGUGGGCCAAGAGGAUGAUUGGGAGGAGAUGGCGCGUGAGGAGCGAAUGGCGAAAAAAAUGCGCAAAGGGCAAGUUAGUCGAAGUGAGUUCGAUGCCGAGUUCGGGGACUUGGAUACCUAG